AAACAGGGAAGGAAAGAGGCAGGGAGAGAGAAGAGUAGAAAAGUAGAGAGUGAAGGGGAGAGGCAGACCCUUGCCCCCUUGUGCUGUGCAAGCCUAGUGGUGCCUCCUUUCUGGUGACUCUGGCUAGCCCCUCCAUAUUAUGUCUGCACUCCGAAGGAAAUUUGGGGACGAUUACCAGGUAGUGACCACCUCUUCCAGUGGCUCAGGCUUCCACCAGCAGCAAGCGGCAGCAGCUGCUCCUAGAAGAAAGAGGCAGCGAUUUGUGGACAAGAAUGGUCGUUGCAAUGUGCAGCAUGGCAACUUGGGCAGCGAGACAAGCCGCUACCUGUCGGACCUGUUCACCACCCUGGUGGACCUUAAGUGGCGCUGGAAUCUCUUUAUCUUCAUUCUCACUUACACUGUGGCCUGGCUCUUCAUGGCCUCCAUGUGGUGGCUCAUUGCCUACAUGCGGGGCGAUCUGAACAAAGCCCAUGAUGAUAACUACACUCCCUGUGUGGCCAAUGUCUACAAUUUCCCCUCUGCCUUCCUGUUCUUUAUUGAAACUGAGGCUACCAUUGGCUACGGCUACCGCUAUAUCACUGACAAAUGCCCCGAGGGUAUCAUCCUUUUCCUCUUCCAGUCCAUCCUGGGCUCUAUCGUGGAUGCCUUCCUCAUUGGCUGCAUGUUUAUCAAGAUGUCCCAGCCUAAGAAGCGGGCAGAGACACUGAUGUUCAGUGAGCAUGCUGUCAUCUCCAUGCGGGACGGCAAACUUACCCUUAUGUUCAGGGUAGGCAACCUUCGCAACAGCCACAUGGUCUCAGCGCAGAUCCGCUGCAAGCUACUUAAAUCUCGGCAGACACCUGAGGGCGAGUUCCUCCCUCUUGAUCAACUUGAACUGGAUGUAGGUUUUAGCACAGGGGCAGAUCAACUUUUUCUUGUUUCCCCACUUACGAUCUGCCAUGUGAUUGAUGCCAAAAGCCCCUUCUAUGACCUCUCUCAGCGAAGCAUGCAAACUGAACAGUUUGAGAUUGUCGUCAUCCUCGAGGGCAUUGUGGAAACAACUGGGAUGACAUGUCAAGCCCGAACUUCGUAUACCGAAGAUGAAGUUCUCUGGGGUCACCGUUUUUUCCCUGUGAUUUCCUUAGAGGAAGGAUUUUUUAAAGUAGACUAUUCCCAGUUCCAUGCAACAUUUGAAGUCCCUACUACGCCCUACAGUGUGAAAGAACAGGAAGAAAUGCUUCUUAUAUCUUCCCCUUUAAUAGGACCAGCUGUAAGUAACAGUAAAGAAAGGAAUAAUUCUGUAGAAUGUCUAGAUGGUCUAGAUGACAUUAGUACAAAGAUACCCUCAAAACUGCAGAAAAUGACUGGAAGGGAAGACUUUCCCAAAAAACUACUAAGGAUGAGUUCUACAACCUCUGAAAAGGCCUACAGCAUUGGGGAUUUACCUAUGAAACUUCAGCGAAUAAGCUCAGUUCCUGGCAACUCAGAAGAGAAACUGGUAUCUAAAACUACAAAGAUGAUGUCAGAUCCUAUGAGUCAGUCUGUGGCUGAUUUGCCACCAAAGCUUCAAAAAUUGUCAGGAGGAGGAGCUAGAAUGGAGGGAAAACUUCCACCCAAAUUGAGGAAAAUGAAUUCUGAUCGCUUUACAUAACAAGAAUAGACAUUUAGAUAUUAUUUAAAGUUUGAAUUAUUAGUCAAUCCAAUUUGGGCAGGAAAGCAAACUCUCUGAAAAGAGUAUAGUAGCUAAAAGGUGAAAGUUUCCUAAGCACUACAUGCAAACUGGGACAGCAGUGUUCUUCCCAGAUAAUGAUGUACUGUAAGUAUAAUGUUCUGAUUAAAAGACCUGAAGUCCUGACUGAGGUCAUAGGAGAGCAAAUAUUAAUUGGCAUGUAGUAUCACAACAAGCAUGCAAUAAUAGUGUGCAAUUUUUGCAUAUAGUUUUCUGGCAUGAUUCUUACUAUAUUUAUAUUGUAUAUUCUGAAAAUAUGUAAAGGGGGGUGUUAUUCUCUCCUAUAUUUCUUAAGGGGUAAGUAGUAGGUAAAACAUGCGUAGGAAACUUUCAGGGCAAGUUAUAAUUUAAUUUAAAGUGUAUUUAUUUUUUCUGAUGUAGAUUGUGAUGUUUUGUUCAAACAAAGUAGUUAUGGUGCAUGUUUUCUUUCUUAAAAUAAGGCUAUAAGCAUUAGUCAAUUCCAAACACCAAAUUUCUUAGCCUUAAAUUAUUUGCCAUUUUAUAAUUUGCUUUAAUAAUUUCUUUGUUUUUUUUCCUGCCAUUACAAUGCUGGGAGAAUUUAAAGUGUACUUCAUAAGAGGUGUUAGCAAAAAAUUGUACUAUUUAGGGCUGGGCAAAAUAUCUCAAACAGAGUUUGCGUUUUAAGUACAAAAUUUUAAAUAAAAUCAUGAGAUCAUUUUGUUUCAUGACUAAUAAUAUUAAUGUAACAAAACAUUCAAAAUGGGCACAUUUGCUUGAUUUUCUAAUGUAAGUAGUAUCAAUCUGAUAGGAAAAUGUAAAAUCAACUACUUAGACUUUCUGGGUGAAAUUUUGUCCCAAUUACAUCAAAGGCGAAAUACUGAUUAGCUUCAAUGGGGCUGGGUUUUCACCCUCCACAUUUAGGACCCAGUCAUGCAAACUGUUACUUGUGCAUCAAUGGGACUACUUGUCUGAUCAGGGACUACUCACUUGAGUAAGAGUCUGCAGGAUCUUUUGCUUUAGUUUUCCAACCAAAUUGGAAUCUCACAAUCAGAAUUAUUUUUCUGAAUUUUCAAAAAUUGCUAAAUCCUUUACUGAAACACCAAAACAUGUUAAUGCUCUCAUAUUGUCCACUAAGUCCAUCUAGGCAACUUUUCCCUCUCUUUUAGGGGAAUUUUUCCCUCUUGCGUUCUAUAUGGUGAUAAUAUUUUAAAGUGAUAAAAAUACAUUUAGAUGUGUUUUGAAGUGCAAAAGGCCAAUUCUUCAUAAAUGUAUUUUUGAACUUGUUUUAUUUUUCAUUUCACUUCGUUCUAAAUUCUCUUGGCAGAGAUGAGCCAGCCUGGUAGGCAUAGUAUAGGUACCUCCAGCCAACCAUGGGUAGGUAGCAUUUUGGUACCUAUCCUCUACUUGGAGUUGUCCCAGUUCUUCCACUAAAAGUUGAACUUCUAUAUAGUGUACAUCACAGCAUCUGAAAACACUCAUUCGUUGAUGCUAUAUCAUUACUAGAAGUGGUGCUUUGGCACAGUUCCUGCAUCUGGUUUGGAGUUUCAGGAAUAGGUCUGGCUUUCUGGGUAUCUUCAGGCAGCGAGUAUUUCUAUCUUGGCUCAUCUCUAUUCUGUUCAUAAAAGGGUCAGUGUGAUUAAUUUGACCAUAAAUGUGUAGCUGGUACACUUUUGGAAACAGGGUAAUUAAAUAAGACAACAGCAAAAAUAAUACACCUCUACCCCAAUAUAAUGCUGUCCUCAGGAACCAAAAAAUCUUACCGCGUUAUAGGUGA